AUGAUCGCUUGGGAAUCGCAAGCAAGGGCUAGACGGAUGGUCGCUUGUGAAUCGCAAGCAAGGUCUAGACGGAUGAUCGCUUGGGAAUCGCAAGCAAGGGCUAGACGGAUGGUCGCUCAUCCCCAAUGGACGCCGGCCGACAAGUUGCCCUUUCCGGACUGUUCAGUCCAGCAAGUUUCAAAUGAUGUCAUCCAGCCGGCGAAGCUAAUCUUCAUGAGUAAACUGUCCUGUAAUGAGAAGACAACUCUUAACCGAAUUGCAGACAACUUUCAAAAUAGAGUAACUCAACUGGUGAACAACAUGUGUGAUGACAACAUGGUCUAUUAUAAUCGGAUUCGUUACUUGCUGGGACGUUAUAAACGAGAAACACCAACCUGGAUCUCCCGACAACGACGCCACAUCAAGAAUUUUAGUUCAUCAACCGACAAAGAGAAACACAGCCUCAUCACGUUUGAAUUCAAGCUGGAAGCCCAGUGCCUUCCUGGAUCUUUCUCGCGGGAUGGACUUGAAUUUUGCGAGACAUGCCCUAUUGGCUUCUAUCAACCAGCGUACGCUCAAAAGAAAUGUUUGAAGUGUUCCGAUGGUACGUCUACAGUCUCAAGAGGUAGCAGACUUAUUUCCAACUGUGAAGAUUGGGAAUUACAAGGGGACUUUUCAUUUGGUCAACAAAGGCAAACGAAAGAGCAACUCCAGUUCCAUGCAUGUUUUUUCAAACCAUGCAGAAAUGGCGGUACUUGUGAAAAAGAAGGUAAAAAAUUCAGAUGCAGAUGCCCAGCGGGAUUUACAGGUGCCGCCUGCGAGGAAAACAUCGACGAAUGCGCCUCGCAGCCCUGCCUGAAUGGUGGAACUUGCAUCGACUUCAUUGGCCGUUACUCGUGCACUUGUAAAGGCGGCUAUGAAGGUGCCAGCUGUGAGAUCAACAUUGACGAGUGCGCCACUGUACCAUGUCAGAACAACGGCACCUGUCACGACGAAGACAAUGCAUACAACUGUUCCUGCCUCCCUGGAUUUGUUGGGAAGAAAUGUGAACAAGAAGUAAAAGAAUGUCUUAAAUCGCCCUGUUUAAAUGCAGGCACUUGUGAGAACAAGAUUAAUGGAUACACGUGCCGAUGUCACCCGCAAUUCACUGGAAAAGAUUGCGAAACGGAAUUGGAUUCCAGCUUCGUUAUCCAGUUUGAUGCCCCCAGUACGACAAAUUACGCUGCCCUGAAAAUUGACAAACCACUCACAUCUUUUUCUCUGUCUUUCUGGAUGAAAUCUUUAGACUCAGAUAAUUACGGGACAGUUGUCUCAUACGCCACUCCUGGAAAUGACAACGCCAUUGUAUUUACGGAUUAUAAUGGGUUUAUUCUCUACAUUAACGGCAAAAACAUCAACACAGACAUCGUAGCCAAUGAUGGCCUUUGGCACCAUAUUGUGGUAACUUGGACCAACGACAAUGGAAUGUGGAAUAUUUACUUAGACAGUGUGUUGAGAGCCAACGGACUUAAUUUGGUCAGCAAUGGCGUCAUACCAGACUGUGAGAAUUUAAACCAUCCUAGUUACGGAAAAGUACAUAUCGUGGACAACAGCACUGGUUCCAACGCCAUCUAUUCCUGUAACAAGGGAUAUAUUCUUGCGGGUCUUAUGACAAGAAUAUGUUUGGCGUCUGGUGAAUGGAAUGACAUUGAUCCGCAAUGUGACAGUUUUAAAUUGGAAGGAAAUGCGACUUUAACCUGCCAGAAAAAUGGCAGUUGGACACCAACAUCACUGCCGAAUUGCACCGAACAGUUAUGUCCUGAACUUGAGGCACCGCCAAACGCGACCUUAACUACAAAGAAACGUUUCCUCGGCACGAAAGUUUACGUGAUUUGUGAUGAAGGUUUCCGAUUGCGUGAGUGGAAUGUGACCUGGCCUGAAUGUGCACCGAUUUCUUGCCCAGAGCCACCUCCCAUCGAAAAUGGAGGUGUUAUACUACCCGAAACCUUCAACUAUGGUGAGCAGAUCACUUACUUUUGCGACGACGAUUAUGUUAUAAGCGGUAACGCCUUGCAAAUGUGCCAGACGAAUGGUACCUGGUCGAAUGAAUUGCCGAAAUGUGUGCUGAACGUUUGUCCAACGGCGGUGACUCCUGAAAACGGUAAAAUAAGCCGCAUCAAUCGUAAAGUAGGGUCAUUCAUUUCUUAUUACUGUAAAGUUGGCUACACACUUAAUGGACCAGCCAACAGACAAUGCCUAACCAACAGAACCUGGAGUGGCGCAGAUCCAUUCUGUGAGAAGUUAAAAUGUGAAAAUCUUACUGUUACCCAUGGUCAAGUCUUCAUCGAAUACUUUUCAAAUAAGGACGACAGAGCCCAGUAUAAAUGCCAUCCUGGUUACAGAAUCAAGCCGGGAUUUCCUUCUUGGCUAACAUGUGUAAAUGGGAAGUGGGUUGGCUUGAAACCUUCCUGCGUCCCCAAAAAAUGCCCCAAUCCUCCAGUUGUAAACAACACAAUUGCAGUGCGAGGAGAGUUAGCUUACGGCGAGAAAGUAAUUUACAUAUGUAUAAGCGGCUAUAAAUUUUUAGAUGUUAAUUUCCUUGAGUGCGGCCCGUCAGGAAUCUAUGUCGGUAAGAUGCCGGAGUGUAUAAAAUCCAGUUGUGGAUCCCCUCCGGGUUUGCAGUACGCUACCAUGAAAACGGAUUCUUCGGAAGAGAAGGUGAUCGUAACUUGCAACAGAGGAUAUAGAAUUGAUGGCCCAACUGAAUUGCAUUGCCUGCCAAACAGAACAUGGUCAGCUUCUCAUACGAAGUGCGUACCUGUGGAUUGUGGACCUCCACGCAAGCUGAACAGGGCGUCGGUCAGUUUACCGAAUGGCACCACCUACGGUGCAUUUGCUGAAUAUACCUGCUUCACGGGUUUGAUCCUCGUUGGGAGAGCGACAUCUAUGUGCCAGAUGGAUGGAACAUGGCAGACAAUUGACGAUACCUCUUGCGAAUUGCAAGACUGUGGUAGGCCGUUGGUAGACGAUCAUGUCAUGUACAUAGGCUCCAGGUUUACACUAGAAUCUUUGGUGUUUUACAAGUGCGAAAAGGGAUACAUUUUAGAAGGGGCGACGUUGGCAUUCUGCCUGAAAGACGGUACUUGGAGUAACCCCAGUCCGAAAUGUCACCCUGUGUCGUGUGGCGAUCCACCAGAGCCUCCUUACGAGGGUUUGAUUAUCCAUUCAGAAGGUCAUCAUUAUGGAAAUAUUGUUGAAUAUGCUUGCUAUGGACGAAUGAUGCCGGACGGACCAACGGUCAUUCAAUGCACUGCCGAUGCUUAUUGGAACGGUACAGCACCCGGAUGUUAUCAGCCACCAAUGUUUUGUAAGUUUACCUGUCGUAAUGGAGGCAUGUGUAUUGGUUACAACCGAUGCAAAUGCAAGCCAGGCUACGCCGGUUCACGCUGUGAAAAAUUUCAUUGUCGAAGAAAAUGCGAAAACGGCGGCAGAUGCGUCCAUGGCGGGAAAUGUCAUUGUCCUGUCGGCUUCCUGCCGCCAUAUUGUUCUAAGAGAAAGUCAGAGCAUUCCUCACACCUUCGCUUAAAUAACAUCUAUCUAUCUAUCUAUCUAUCUAUCUAUCUAUCUAUCUAUCUAUCUAUCAUGAUACGUUACUCUUUUCAUAUCUAUCUACCUAGCUAUCUAUUUAUGAUCUUCUUGCGUUCUUCCUUUCUUCUAUUUCCUCUUUUUUGUGCUGCUGCUGCUCUCUCUCUCUCUCUCGCAUGUCUGCCCUCCUCUCUUUUCUCUCUCAUUAGUUUACCUAUGCGCCCCGCCUCUCCUGGCUUGUGCUCUUAUUGCAUCCCGGCGUUCCUGUGA